AUGUGGGGUGGUGUGUCUCCAGAGCAUCUCAUAGGAAGAUUGAAAUCACCGGGAAUAAGGAUAUUCGGGGUACAGUGGGUAGAAGCUAAGAGGAGAUCAACAAGCACAUCAUCCGAAUCAGAGGUGGAGCUGGGAGGUCGGAAUUGCAUUGUCAGCUGCCCUGGUGGAAAGACAGACAUCAAUGCCUAUGGAAAUCUAUAUUAUAUCAAUGAUAAUCAAAUCGAAGAAGAUUUACCUGCCGAAGACAAUCGUAGCGACCCUGCCAAGAAUAUCUCAUACCUUAGCACAUUGGCCAUCACCUCAUCAAUCUCUCCAAGCGCAUUUGUUCCCAAACUUAUCAUGCAGAAUUUCUUGCUGAAUAAACGUUUCAAAAGACCCGGUUUUGAGUCAUUUACCGUUACACCACAUAUGCAGCUUCUGGUCCUCUCUAUACUAUUUUGGUUAUGUGCCAUAGCGUUCCAAGCGGUACCACCGCCACCACCUCCUCCACCUCCACCUCCACCGCCUCCUCCUCCUCCACCGCGACACCCUUCCCCUCCACCUCGACAUCCACCUCCACCUCCAUCACCGCCGCUGCCACGUCAUCGACGCUACUAG